AUGCCUUCUUCAAAUUACCGCGUCGUUGAGCCGCACCCAUCUGUCCCCCACGCCGGUCGCCCAGCAGUCUACACCGGCCGUGGCGGAUGUGGAAACGUCGUCAACCUCAAGAACACCAAGACCACCGACUCGCGCAGCGCCAGUGGACCAGCCUCUCUCGCCCGUCUCGACUCGCGCCUGCCAACCAGCUUUGUCUCCGGCCGUGGCGGUGCUGGCAACAUCCACAGCAGCAGCGAGCGCGCCAUCUUCAGCUUCGACGAAGAGCUCGAGCGUGACCUGCGCCAGGCUGCCCCCGUCUACCACGUCGGCCGUGGCGGUGCCGGCAACACCAUCUUCCGCGACGACUGCAGCAAUUCUAUUCUGACUCGCAAGUACUCGGCUGGUAGUACGGCUACCAACUCCAGCACUGGCUCCGUGGCAGAUCGGGCUCGUGACAUGGCCCGUCGUGGUCUCGAGAAGGGCUGGGGCAAGCUGAAGGGUACUGCCUAG